CCACAGUCGCUCUGUCUGUCUGUCUGUUGGUCUGUCUGUUGGUCUGUCUGUCUGUUGGUCUGUCUGUCUGUCUCUUCGUGUCCUCUGUCGCUGUGCUGCUCAUCAACGAGGCUGAAUGUGUCAUUUCUCCGUUGUGAAACACUUCAGUCGACAAAACCACAGUCCGGUUUUAAUCUCAGGGGCUCCUCGUGGAUUAUCUCAUGGCUCCACUUUGAAAAAAACAAAAAACUCCGUGGGAUCUGACAAACCAGGUUUGAUCAUAUUAUCUGCAGAAUGUCAUCAAAAAUGCAGAGCUCUAGCAGCAUCGCUCAGGCCAGGCGGACGGUGCAGCAGCUGAGGAUAGAGGCCAACAUCGAGAGGAUAAAGGUGUCCAAGGCUUCGUCAGAUUUAAUGCGCUACUGUGGAGAACAUGCCAAGAAUGACCCGCUGCUCAUGGGCGUCCCUGCUUCAGAAAACCCCUUCAAGGACAAGAAGCCCUGCACUGUUUUAUAAAGCAAAACACCUGCUGAACUCUUGCUACUUUUGCCGCUUUGAGUCUUUUUUUGUUAAAAGAAAAAAGCCGAUACUAUUCACAACUUGCCUUAGGGCCAGUGUACCCACCCUCCCUUACCUUUUCACAUGCCUGCUACAGUUUGAUAAGGGGUGUAUUUCUCUCUGCCUUUCAGCCAGAUAGCAGUUCCACCAAAGAACAGGCAGAAGUCUGAAGCUGUGGCCUCGGAUCAAAGCUUUAGCUCAGACAAAGAUUAUUCAAAGUUUCUUUUAAGGCUUAGCGGUGACUUUUGUUGCUUUUCAUUGUUAUCUGAUGAGAUCUAGAAGACCCUAGACCUCAGCUGAAAGGGGGCUGUGCCAUGAAUGGGAGAGUUCCUGGCUCUAAUUAUCACAACAUACAUAAACAGCCCCCGACCUCCCCUCAAUCAGACGUAGGCUUUCAGCUUUCACCUCUUUACUUUCAUCAGACGAGCUUGAGGAAACAGUUGUUGCAGUUUGUAUGCCGCUGAUAAUGAACACCCGAGAUAACAAUAUCCUGUCGUUGGUUGGAGAAGUAAACUACACUGUCCAUCAUAGGUGGACAGGAUCAUUAGAGGGGACAGAUGUCACAUGAUACUGAUUCACACAGUGUCCAUCAGAUAGUAAUGAGCACACUGCAAACAGUUUUUAUUACAUGGAAGGUGGUUCAAAGUGUUCUGUCCCAUCUAAUCUAAACUUUCCAAAGCCAACCAAACAGUUGGAACAUUGAAACCAGUUUUUCACACUGUUGCCCAUAAAGUUGGAAUAAAAUAUUUGUUCCUCGUCUCACGAAACAAUCAUGACAUGUGAUUUAAUCUUGACAUAUAAAGUGUAAUUGGGAAUCAGUCUGUAAUCAUUACACCAGGUCAGAGGUAAUUACUGAUGUGUAUAAAUAGGAGUAAAAAGAGAAAUGUAUCUGAAAACAGAAUUAUUAUAACUUUAUGGACAACAAUGUAUCACAGAGUUUCUUUUAUCAGUGUCAGGGUAUAACAUAGAACAAUGUCAACACAAGGAUUUGGAGAGACUUGACGCCGAAUCUUAAUCUUCUUAUGUUCAGUCUGUUAAUGCACCCUCACGUGAGACUGAAUUUACUAUGUACUUAAUUUUCAAAGUUAAAUGUGAUUAGAUCUAAAUGGUUGUGUUUAUUUCCAAAUCAUAAAACCUCUUUAUCUCUGGUCACCUGUGUGUUUAAUUUUCUUUUAAAAUUAAAGUACAAUUCUAAAUUGUUCUUAUAGAUGCAGGACAAAGAAUUUUACAGAUUAAGACCAGUGUGUGCCACCUAAGCCCAUCCACUUAUUUGAUGCAAACUCUCCCACCACAGUUUUACUUUUUUUUUUCAGCAUUUAUUGUGACACUUAUUUUUCUUGAGGCACUUUAAUGCCUCCAAACUCCUGAUGACUGUUAUGAGUUUGACACAUUCCAUGUUUACGACUGAUCUAAAGUUGAAUCUGACUUAAUCGUAUAUUUAAGUGUUAUGUGUAAGCUUGACCAGCAGUCUUUAGUAGUGACUGGGUUUCUCUGUGUGGGUGCUCACAGAAAAUAUAAGCAACUACUUUUGGUACUUUACCAGUCAGGGCCUUAAUGAAGUGAACCUGCUUCAACCUCUACUACCUUUGAGUCACACAAGUGCUGUUGUCUAAUACUGUGAAGAAUAAAGGCCCUUUAAAUUAAGUAAAAUUACACAUUUACAGUAAUUAAUAGCUUCAAAAUAUUUCUCAGCAGCUAUGAUUGUUAUGCGUUAGCAUAUCCCUAAAUAUGUAAUACAGUCUGUCCAUGUGUUUAAGACUAUGUGCUUGCUUGUACCUGUACUUUAAUUUUACUGAUUGUAUGUAUUUGGUCAAACUUUGUUUUUAAUUUGUGUUUCGUGACAGUGAUUCAAAUUAUGAAUUGAACCUGAAUGUGUUUGUUUUGGUUAUUGAUGUAUGCGGUUGAUUUUUAUGUUUAAUGAGUGUUUUUUAGCAAUUGUUUUGCAGUUGUUCAGAUAUGUCAAAUGCAGGUAACAGCGUAUUAUGUGUGUCAUACUCGAUCUUUACCUGCUUUGGGUAAAUGCAAAUAAAUUUACUGUCAACUACAA